GUUCGUUCAGUUACCACGGACAAAUAACAUUUGAGCAUCUCGACGCUCUUGCUCCAGAACAUCAUAAAUAAAUCUCGAUUCUCAUCCUGUCGAAAUCUAAGGCUGGACACUUCACAUUUAUCGAUAUCUCUGCCUGGCCAUCUGAUUUUAACUUUUAAGAAAUAAUGAGCCCAGCUCUCAGCUUCAUCUUCACGAUCUAACAGCCUCGCUGUUCAUUUGUUAACAUCUACCCUAUUUUGCGUAUGCUGUGUUUCGGGCCGUAACAAUGGAACAAAAUGUGUUUUACGAAGGCAGCCUGGAGGAUGCCAUCUCCCUUGCUAUUCAGGAGUCAAAGAUGGUGCUUGCCUUUGUAGAUGACGGCAGUGAAGAAAGUAAGCUAUGGGAGACUGAGUUAUGCACAAAUGAAUCGCUACAAUCACCACUUGAGCACUAUGCUGUGUCCUUGCGACUUCUCAAGGAUUCUAGAGAGGCUGGGUUCCUAGAAGCUCUAUUUCCUAUCCCGAAGAAACCCACCAUUGUCAUCAUCCAAAAUGGUACGCUUAAGGAGUACAUCCAGGCAGGAACGGCGAAAGAAGACCUCGUCCGCAGAAUUGCAGCUAUUCUUAACACUGCUGCGGCAGGUCAGAGUCAACAAUCAGCUAUGACUCAACCAACACCAGUAGCAGCUUCUUCUGGGCACGAGACAGAUAACCUGUACGAUGACAAUGGUGAUGAUCAACCGCAGGUUGAUAACUCCACUAUACAAGCGCACAACUCUCAGCAGACCCAGGAAUCGCAAGAAAGCCGCGUAGCCAAGGACUCCAGGGACAGAGAGAAAAAGAAUCAACAGGAGACAGUCGAGAGUAAUAGUAGUACUAAUUCCGCGGAGCGGACUUAUGCGCAGGAAGUUCGCCAACGCAAGGUACAAGCAGCCGAGGAGAGAAGGCGGAUUCUGAAGCGUAUCGAAGACGACAAGCAAGAGCGCAAGGAACGCGAGGCCCGGGAGAAGAAAGCGCGACAGCUAUUGAACGGAUCCCAAGAGGGAGAAAGUUCCAGCAGUCAGACCCAGCCUAUACCCCUGUCUAUAAGACAACCAGGCGGCUCACGCGGAGAGUAUGCCAAUAUACAAGUUCGACUUUUUGACGGCUCGACAAUCCGAUCCCGCUUCAAGAGUGAUGCCACGCUGAACGCCGAGGUACGCAAAUGGAUUGACGAGGAUCGCACAGACGGAAAUGCGCCGUAUACUUUCCGCGUCGUCUUGUCACCUCUCCCUAAUAAGGCUAUCGAGCCUGCUGAGGAGAUCCAGUCGCUUCUCACUCUCGGCCUCGCCCCAUCCGCAACACUUGUCCUAGUCCCCGCCAAAUACUCAAUGGCUUACCCAAACUCAGGCGGGUUCAUCUGGCGAAGCUUAGGCGUCGUCCUCAGCAUAUUUGGCGCUGGCUAUGGCCUGUUGAGUGGGGUAUUUGGUGGCAUUACGGGGAUGAUAUUCGGUCGGCGGCAUGCUCAACAAUCUGGAGACGAACAAAUCCCACUUGGAGAUUAUCGAGGGUUGGGCUCAGCGAGAAAUUCGCGAAUCAGUGGGUUUCAGAAUCCGGGGGAUGCGCGAAGAGAUACCCAGUUGUAUAAUGGCAACUCGCUGAACUUCGAACCGCGAAGAGACGAUGACGAGAACAACUAAUUCAGGGGGCUGCAAUUUUACGACAAGCUACUGUGUUAUUAGUGAUGAUAUUGAUGUACACUACCUAGUAAAUUGUGUACGUGUACGUAUACCAAGGUUGACUACUAAGGACUUUGCCACGAUUAGGAAGAGAAAAUGAUAUGGGACUCUUUAAUACCGCAAACUUCGAUCUAUACAUUAUUUCUCUGCGAUAUUAGAGAGUAUAUAUCCGUCUAUUGCAGUAUACGAACCUGUCUAUUCUUGUCAUUUAACGACUUGUUUCAUUUUGCUGUCUAUUCCGCCAUCUUUUAACAACCCGAAAUAAAAUAGGGGCAUGGAUUCAAUAACCCAUCACUGCGGAAUUUUUAUAGUAAACAACCUUGGAAUAAUCCGCACUUCGGCAUAUUUAAACCUUUG